GCUGCAGCCAGGUCUGCUUCAGAGAGCUGUUUAACAUGUUGUCCUCCUCAUUCAGUCUGACAGAAAUUCAGCGACAGAUAGAUGAAGUCAGGCGGUUUCUGUCUGUAACUUUGAGCAUUGCCAACGCUCACACGGUGGAGUUUUACACUCAUGACGUGUGGAAACGGUUCGUGGCCGUGCCACCGGAGGAAAUCCUGUCAGCUGUUAGCUGCGGUGGUGACCAGCAGAGAGAGCCAGAGUCCAAAGGAAAAGAGCAAUCCAAGACCACAUUUGGGUUUUGCAGUGAUACAAACCGGCUGGUUGAUAUCCAUGAACUUUUACACGCAGCCAAGGCCCACUCACUUCCAGGCCUUGGAGUCUGCUGGAGCAGGGAUGAGCUACUGCAGGCCCUCAGAGAGAACAGGUCUGAGCCUGGAGCUCCAACAGCAGACAUGGGUAAAGAACAGUGUGCUGAGCUGGAGCCAGAUGAGUUCAUGAACUCUAAGAAAUCUCACGAGGUCCAGUCCAUGUCUGAGGUGGUGGCUUGUUUGGCCCAGCACUGUGGAGUCAAACAGGUGAUAGACGUGGGCUCGGGGAAAGGCUACCUCAGUUCUUUCCUGUCUCUGCAGUAUGGUCUCCGGGUCUAUGGCAUCGAUUCCUCCAGCACCAACACCCAUGGAGCCCAGGAGAGGAACAGGAAGCUGAAGAAGUUCUCCAGGGUGUACCAGAAAUACACCAAGGCAGAGAGGGCACAGGGAGAGGCAACACAUUCACCUCAGGAGGAGCUAGUAGAAAUAAAGUCUGGACCGAAUGGAGACAGUGAUGUCUUAUGUGCUGGGGGAGGAAUUGUGACACAGGAAGAGGAGAAGGUGUCAACUGUGUUAUCAGAUGUCAGCCCCACAGUUGAAAGGCAUUCGGAGGCAAAUCCAGAAACAGAGGAGCACUUCCUUAGCGCCCUAUCAGUGGAUGUGAUACAGACUACACCCCCCAGAAUUCCCCCCAGCCAGCUGAGCGCUGAGGAGAAGGAGAGGAGGAAAAGGGAGAACCUGGAGAGGAAGGCUCUGAACAGAACUCACAGCGCCAGCGUCGUGUUUUCACCCCUCACAUCUUACGUUACUGCGGAAACGGAGCUGCGAGAGCUCAUCAGUGAGCUGGAGGAUGCUGUCAUGGUCGGCCUGCACACGUGUGGCGACUUGGCUCCCAGCACCCUGAGGAUGUUUGUGGCUAAACCGGAGCUGGCUGCAGUCUGCAGCGUGGGCUGCUGCUAUCACCUGCUGUCUGAGGAGUUUGACCAUGCCCAACAGGAGUGUUCACACGGCGUGUGUGGUUUCCCACUGAGUCAGUACCUCCGCGACCAGUCCUGGUUCUGCGGCAGAAACGCCAGGAUGUCUGCGUGUUUGGCGCUGGAGAGAGUCUCACUCGGCCAGGGGAUUCAGAUGGAGUCUCUGUUCUACCGCGCAGUCCUUCAUGUGAUUCUGAGGGACCACUACAGCUCCUAUAAAAGUGAGAAGCGAGUUGGGAACGUGUACUCCAAGGCUAAAUCGUUUGUGGACUACGUUCGUCGAGCUCUACGCAGGCUGGAACUGGAUGAAUCAAAGCUCUCCGAUGACGACAUCCAGGGUUACCGUGACACAUACAGAACACGAAUGGGCGAGAUGCGCGCCUUCAACAUGUUGAAGGUGACCCUGGCCCCCUGUAUCGAAGGUCUGAUUCUCCUGGACCGCCUGUGCUAUCUGAAAGAACAGGACGACGUCUCUCUCUCUGCACUGGUGCAACUCUUUGAUCCUCUGCUGUCGCCGAGAUGCUACGCUGUCGUCGGACUGAAGAGGUACGGGAACAGAGUUACAAGCUGAUGAACUUAUACAUGCGCUCACUGCGGAGGUGAUGAUGACACACGAUCAGAAGUUAUACUUUAAACGUGGUUGUAUUAUGUUUGUAUUAUUUCCUGCUUGUUUAAUCAUAUGUAUGAUUUCAUCUAAAUUGUGUGAUUUAUUUAUGUGGUCUCUGUAUCACUUUCACUAACAUCUUGCUUUGUUUUAUGCGAUUUUGGUGAAAAACAAAUCUGAAAUGUUUUUCGGUGCUCAGUCCUUGACCUUGUGGUCUGCUCGGAGGACGACUCAUGAAAACACAUGGUUCACACACCUGGAAAAACUGUCCGCUGCGUUUGAUUGAAUUAUAUCCAUCUCAGCCUUUUGUCUUUGUGUUUGAGCGACUCUUGAGAAAACACUUGUUUUUAAGGACCAUCCAG